AACUCAUCCAAAAUAUUAACCUCUCCCACCCAGAGCCAACACAUCCCAAGCUUUCACAUUCUCUUGCUUUUCACUGACAGGAUAUGCCAAUGUUUCAGGUGAAGUUUGACACACAUUUUAUACUUUUAGUUUGACAUUAAUGUUCAACUAAUUAUUCUAUUAAUGAAACCGUGGGUUUACCUAGCAUUAAUUUUUUUAGCUUAGUCUCUGGCCUUCAUGUUACAGUUAAGGUAGGAUUAGUGUAGUGGGGUGGUUCAUGAGCGGUGUAGACCCGUUUCCAUGCUUUAUCUCCACGACUCCAGUUAGGCUAUGAUACCUGUGAUAAUAGUGAAAUGCUUACGUACUGCAACAAAAGUGCACAUCUGGGGAACCUUUUGACAUUUCCAUUUUAAAUGGGGGGAAAAAAGUUAGUAAUCAGGACAAGCGACACUUAUUACAGCAGAAUACCUAGUGAGUGUUGUCCACCUGUAGCGGUGAGCAUGACUGGAGUUUCAGAACACUGUGGUUCCCAGACCUAUGAUGGGAACUCAAAUGCUGAAGCCAUGAUAGACAGGGAGUGGAACAGGGCUUGUUUUAUAUUUGUGAUGGCUAUCGCAUAAUACUUGAGGCACAACUUUCACUAGUCCAUACUUGUGGAUACAGAUGGGGCUAUUUUAUAUCUAAAGGAUUUAUGAAUAAAGAAGAAUCAAUGGAACUCCUGACAUACUGCCCAAUUCAGGAUUGAAGCAAGUGUGGGCAGAUGGGGUGAGACUGCUCCCAAGAAGACAAACCAGUACCUCACCGCCAAUAUGCCACUGCCACCACCACUCUGCACUCAGCUUGACACUGCAAUCAUUGGCCACUGACAAUUACAAUCAAUGUAUUUUAUAGUGAACAUUACUUCAGUCGCACCAAGUCAAGUCAAGUCAAGUUUAUUCGUCACAGACACAUACGAGAUGUGCAGUGAAAUGAAAGUGGCAAUGCUCGCGGACUUUGUGCAAAAGGACAAACAAACAAACAACCAAACAAACUAUAAACACAAUCAUAAACACACACGUAUUCUUUUACAUAUUAAAUAUUGGAAGGAAAAACGUUCAGUAAAGUUAGUCCCUGGUGAGAUGGGAGUUUACAGUCCGAAUGGCCUCUGGGAAGAAACUCCUUCUCAAUCUCUCCUUUCGCACUAUAUACUCACCAGUAUUUUUACAUAUGAUUCCUAUUGAUCUGUGUUUUGUAAGAAGAAGUUUGUGUUGCUUCCUUGAUACUCCUCCCACAACCCUGGAAUUGGCUCUUCCCCACCUCAGAAUUAUGAGAGGCAUAGAAAGGAUAGGCAGCCUUCUUUCUGUGAUGGGAAAUUAGAGGGUGUAGAUUUAAGGUGAAAGCGAUGAGGUUUAAAGGAGAUGUGUGGGGCAAGUAUUUUACACAGAAUGGUGAUGUACGGGGCAAGUAUUUUUCAUAGUGUUGCUAGGAGUGGUGGUGGAGGCAUGCAAUAGUGGUAUUUAAGAGGCUUUUAGACAGGCACACAGAAGUGCAGGGAACGGAGGGAUGUAGAUUAUGCGGACAAGUGAUUAGUUUAACUUGGCACUGUGUCCUGAUCUGUUCUAUGUUAAGAAUGUGAAGCAAAAUUUAAAUAAAAGACAAAACAAAAUAAUCUCAUCUAUUUUAUGAAAGAGCCGAGACAUAUUUAUAGUUUAUGAUUUUAAAAGGUAACUUCCUAUAGGCUGUGAAUAGUCUGAUAGUUAUUUUGUGUUUGUUGCACAUACAGAUACCAAAAUAGAAAUGUGCCUGGUGAUAAUUGGUGUUAUCCUAGCACCAGUUUCCAUGUUGCUGCUGCUGCUCCUGCUGCCACCAUGUGGUACAUUGUUCCCCGUGAGGUAAACCAAUAUCUCUUCCAACGGACUCGAGCAUUACUCAGAGAUCUUCAUUUGGAAACGAUUCAUCAAAUGAUUCAGCAGAAAUUAAUUAUGUGUCACAGAGUCAGUAGAGGGCAGUGAGCUGUAAAGUGACUUUAAAUCCUUUGUCCUCAACCUCUCUUCAAGACAGCAAGUCAAGCUAAAACAUUUUGUGAUGGCAGAAAAUAAAGACUGUGAGCAGUCUACCAAACCAGAGGAUGACCCAGGUGUAUGUGUAUCUGAAAUAUCAGUCUACAUGAACAAUGUAGAUGGAAUAUCGCCCGUGAAAAGGAAAAGUCCACGAAUAACAACCAAGUCCAAAUUCUUACAGAAAUGCCGAUUUGGUGAAAUGACUGAGUGUUUCUUUAUAAACAAAAAAAUUAUCCUCCUCACUCUGCUGCUUCUUGUUAUUGUAAUAAUAACUUGGACCUUACUGUGGGUCUUUGUUUUGAGAAGUCCAAACAACAAUGCUUUGUAUUUUGCUGGAUUAUUCCGCAUAGCUGAUGUUGAAUUUAUUCCUGAGUAUCGAAGGAAGGACUCCCCUGAGUUUCUAUACAUGGCAGAUAGAGUUCAGCAAGUGAUUAAUAAUGUUUAUGGGAAAUCGCUUUUCUCCAAGUUAUACAAGCAGUCGACCAUUUCUGACUUGAGUGACAACAACUAUGGUGGUGUUCUCGUUCAUUUCUGGAUUGUCUUUGUGGUCCCAAAUAUGAAGACUUUGUUUGCGUGUGAGGACUGUGUUAGUGCUGUCUUAAAGGACUCGAUCCAGACAAGCCUGGUAAACCGUACAUCGAUUGGUUACCUUCUCGGACUUCCUGUGGACAUGGACUCGAUCGUUGUUAAUGUUGGUCUUCGUUCAGAUUAUUUUGCAACAGCAACAACAGAUUCAAACUCUGUUAUUGCUAAGCAUGCGGAGCAGUCAGGUGUUCCUGUUGCUCUGAACUUCUCCACUAGCACGGGGCGGGUGAACUGCCACUUCAAGCUCACGUCACUAUUGGGGCACAUCAUUCGCCUCUCUCUCACUGCCCUGCAGAUUGAACCUGACAAUUGUGUUACAGAUUCACUCCAUAUCUAUGAUUCUCUCAUGCCCAUCAGAAGUAGGAAUUUAUACCGAGCCUGUGAAUCCUUUGGUUCUUUCCCAGUUUCUUUUGUAUCAACUGGCAAUGGCAUGUUUCUAUCACUCAAAUCCCUCAGAGUUCAUGGAAAGAAAGAAAUAAAGGGAUACUUUGAAGCAAUCCCCAAGAAAAAAUUUGAAAAUACUAUACUUUCCAUGGAUGGAAUGAGAUUGGAGGGAAACAUAACUAGUCCAUAUUAUCCAAGUUAUUACCCUCUAAAAUGUAGUUCCACGUGGAUAUUUAAGACUUCUACGCCUUUUGGAUUAGCGUUGAAAUUUCAGAACUAUACCUUGAAGGAAAAGGGAUUUGAACCAUGUGAUCAUGGCUGGUGGAAAAUAAAUGAAAAAAUGUACUGCGGUUAUCAAAUAGAUUACCAGACAGUUUUCCACAUAGCUAAUUUUCUGGUUAGUAUCACAUUCCAGUGCAGUGGAAAACAAUCAAGCAAGGCAUUUCUGGCUGAGUACAGCAGCUACAACAUCAGUCAACCUUGUCCUAAUGGAUAUUAUGUCUGCUCCACUGGUCUGUGCAUCCGACAGUCUCAACGUUGUGAUGGAUCAGAUGACUGCUUUGAUGAAAGUGAUGAAGUAUUUUGUUCUCUACCGCCAAAGGUGUGCAACACAAGUUCUCCACAUCACCACUACUUCAGCUGUGAUGGAGUCAAAGACUGUGAGAAUGGUACUGAUGAACUAAAUUGCACAGACUCUGUGCCCUGUACAAACAUCACCUAUAAAUGUAAGAAUAAUGUGUGUAUUCAGAAGAAAAAUGCUAAAUGUGAUGGAACAAUAGACUGCUUGGAUGGAAGUGAUGAAAUGAGUUGUGAUUGCGGCAAUAAAAUACGGCACGGAAGCCGAAUUGUAGGAGGAUCCAAUGCGAAAGACGGAGAGUGGCCUUGGCAAGUCAGCCUUCACUUUUCUGGAUCACCUUACUGUGGUGCAUCAGUAAUAACAAAGGAGUGGCUUUUAUCUGCAGGACACUGCUUUCAAGGGGAAAAAAUGUCUGAUCCCAGACCAUGGAUAGCUCAUUUAGGAAUGCAUACUCAAGGAAAUGCAAAGUUUAAAAGUGAGCUCAAAAGGAUUCUUGUCCAUGAAUACUACAAUGGCCGGAACUUUGACUAUGACAUUUCACUGCUGAAACUGAAAACGCCUUGGCCAGACAGACCAACAGCAACAAUCCAACCAAUCUGUGUUCCUUCACUGGCUCAAAUGGUACCAAAUGGAGAGAGAUGCUGGGUAACUGGCUGGGGUCAAAAACAAGAAAGAGGUAACAGUGAUCCUACUGUUCUUCAACAAGCAGAGGUUGAGAUCAUAAACCAGUCGCUCUGUCGUUCCGCCUAUGGACUCAUCACUCCACGUAUGAUGUGUGCAGGAUUGCUAUCUGGGAAAAGAGAUGCUUGUCGUGGUGAUUCUGGAGGACCAUUGUCUUGUCAAGAGAAAGUUGGUGGCAGAUGGUUUCUAACUGGCAUUGUGAGCUGGGGUCAUGGAUGUGGAAGACCACAUUUUCCUGGAGUCUACACAAGAGUGUCAAAGUUCGCUACAUGGAUCCAACAGCAUGUCUCUGCCUUGCCAAAAACUGAUGGUGUUACAUAGUUACGUAGGAGUCACUAUUAAUACUUCAAAAGAUUACAUAUUCAUCAACGAGAUAAUAAAGUAAACCCAACCAUUUAAAAUUAUAUUUAUACAAGAAUACAAUAUCCAGAAUCAUUGUCGAUUGUGAAAAUUAUACCAUGUCUAUUUAUGUAGAAUGCUUAAUAUAUUAUGUACCACACAUUGCUGGUGUCUUUUUUAAUAUAUUUAAAUUGAUAUAACUCUCCCAAUCACAAAUUAUUUACUGAUGUGCACAUAUUCUCCUACAACUGAGAUUAUUCAACCCAUUGAGUGUAUACCAGCUCUGAAAACAAUCCCAUUUCUCUGUUUCUUGUGCUGUAACCCAUUUUCUCUCACCUGCCCAUUAACUGUAGACAAAUAACAGCAGUGCAUUUUCUAGAUGGUACAUAUUGUGCACAGGUAAGUGAGGACUGUAUAUGUAAGGAAGUGACGGUGUAUUAAUCAAGUACGUUGCUUUUUCUAGCACGAUGUUGUUCACACAGUGCUUAUUAAAGUAAGUGGUGAAUAUUCCAUCACAGCUCUGACAUAUCACUUGUAAAUAGUGGAAAAAAGGACCAAUAUCAGGAUGUAACUCGCUCACCACAGGAUAUCCAGUUUCUGAUCUGCUCUUGUGGCCACAGUCUUUGUGUGGCUGGUUAAUUGAGUUUCUGGUGAUGAUCCCAGGCUGUUGAUGCUGGUGCACUUGGCAAUGGUGAUACCAUUCAAAGUCAAGAAUUACUAUCUUGUCAAGAAUGUCAUUGGCUCUUUUUUGUUGGGAAUGUUUCUUGCAUCUUGCAGUUUGUGCACAAAUCUUGUCUAGAUUCUGCUGCACGUACUUAUAGACUGCUUCAAGUGCUAAAGAGUUUUGAACAGCAUUGGAUCUUAUGUAAUCAUCAGUGAAUGUCCCCUCUUUGGUCACAACUGAAGAUGGUUGGCCCUUGGACAAUGCCCUGAGAGACUCCUGCUUUGAUGUUCUGGGCUGGGAUAAUAGUACAAUCACAACCAUACAAUAUAUAUUAAUGAUCUGGAUGAGGGAAUUGAAGGCAAUAUCUCCAAGUUUGCGGAUGACACUAAGCUGGGGGGCAGUGUUAGCUGUGAGGAGGAUGCUAGGAGACUGCAAGGUGACUUGGAUAGGCUGGGUGAGUGGGAAAAUGUUUGGCAGAUGCAGUAUAAUGUGGAUAAAUGUGAGGUUAUCCAUUUUGGUGGCAAAAACGGGAAAUCUAAAUGGUGGCCGAUUGGGAAAGGGGGAGAUGCAGCGAGACCUGGGUGUCGUGGUACACCAGUCAUUGAAGGUAGGCAUGCAGGUGCAGCAGGCAGUAAAGAAAGCGAAUGGUAUGUUAGCUUUCAUUGCAAAAGGAUUUGAGUAUAGGAGCAGGGAGGUUCUACUGCAGUUGUACAGGGUCUUGGUGAGACCACACCUGGAGUAUUGCGUACAGUUUUGGUCUCCAAAUCUGAGGAAGGACAUUAUUGCCAUAGAGGGAGUGCAGAGACGGUUCACCAGACUGAUUCCUGGGAUGUCAGGACUGUCUUAUGAAGAAAGACUGGAUAGACUUGGUUUAUACUCUCUAGAAUUUAGAAGAUUGAGAGGGGAUCUUAUAGAAACUUACAAAAUUCUUAAGGGGUUGGACAGGCUAGAUGCAGGAAGAUUGUUCCCGAUGUUAGGGAAGUCCAGGACAAGGGGUCACAGCUUAAGGAUAAGGGGGAAAUCCUUUAAAACCGAGAUGAGAAGAACUUUUUUCACACAGAGAGUGGUGAAUCUCUGGAACUCUCUGCCACAGAGGGUAGUUGAGGCCAGUUCAUUGGCUAUAUUUAAGAGGGAGUUAGAUGUGGCCCUUGUGGCUAAGGGGAUCAGGGGGUAUGGCGAGAAGGCAGGUACGGGAUACUGAGUUGGAUGAUCAGCCAUGAUCAUAUUGAAUGGCGGUGCAGGCUCGAAGGGCCGAAUGGCCUACUCCUGCACCUAAUUUCUAUGUUUCUAUCUUUGAGUUUUACUCCAACAGUUAGAAUGUUUUUCCCUUUGAUGCUACUAACUUCAUUUUAACCAAUAUGUAUUGUUACUGCACUCGGCUAAAUGCUGCUUUUUUUUGGUUCAGCCUUUUAAGGAAACUCU